AUGAAGUGCGUUAUUGUUGCUGUGUUGGCUCUGAUCGCUCUGGUUUCGGCUCAGGAAGCGGAACAGUACACCACCAAGUACGACAACAUCGAUCUGGACGAGAUCCUGAAGUCGGAUCGUCUGUUCAACAACUACUACAAGUGCCUGAUGGACGAGGGUCCGUGCACCCCGGACGGUAACGAGCUGAAGCGCAUCCUGCCGGAAGCUCUGCAGACCAACUGUGCCAAGUGUAGCGAGGCUCAGCGGGCCGGGGCGAUCAAGGUGAUCAACCACGUGAUCGACAACCGUCCCGAACAGUGGAAGGCUCUGCAGGCCAAGUACGACCCGGAGAACAUCUACGUCGAGAAGUACCGCACCGAGGCGGCCGAAGCCGGAAUAGCGCUGUGAGGAAGAGUCGCUCUUAUAGCUAGUGCAUCCAAAGGAUUUGUGAUGAGUAAUUGUGUGUAAUGAUCGCGCUUUGUUUAGUUUGCAAAAUUUUCGGCAAGUGCCUGUGAUUCCUGAAUUUCGAAACAUGUAUGGUAAUGCGUUCAAUAAAAAAUCGAUAAUCGUUGAAAUCUGA